AUGACGGCAGUGGUCGAUGAGUUGUUCCCUGAGGGCGCUGGGCUCUACGUGGACCUGGAAGAGGCAGGAGGCAGCACCGGGCUCCUGAUGAACUUGGCAGCCAGUGAAAAGGCAGUUCAUGCAGACUUUUUUUUUUUUAAUGAUUUUGAAGAUCUCUUUGAUGAUGAUGGUAUCCAGUGA